AAAUAAUCGAGUAUCCUAUAAUUCUUUAUUUUAAUGCCACCUUUCAAUCGCCCUGUUAGUUCCACCACCACGCUCUCCGCCAUUUAAUAUACCGCGUAACCUCGGUAUGUGUACGUGUCACAUACCAUCAGGUCCACCCUACGCCAAUAUCUUAAAGGUCAUUGUUUCGUGUUUUUGUUCUAAACACGUACAUACUAAUAAACACAGAGGCACAAUUCCAAAAUAAACAAAUUGGAACGAAUCCUUUGUUUUUCGCGUGUUCUUUCGUAACGAAACGAGCCUUUCAAUGGACCCGUCAACUGAAUCGAUGACCCAGAAUACAGAAGAACGCGCUAGACUACACGGCCAACAAGUGCAGAAUUCCUUAAAAUAUGAUUCAUUAAUGGGAAAUUCGGUGAAUAAACGCGUCUUAGAAAGAGAUAUUGAUCAGCAAAGACUAAGUCUAUUUUCACAGUCGCAAAAAGACGGAAGUUUGCUUAAUCUGUACAGUGUGAGCUAUUCUGGUCAGCCUUACAUUGAGCUAUUCUAUCAUGGAAAACGCGUCCUUCGUCGUUGUAGCGACUCUUAUGUAAAUCUAUCUCAUGUACUGCAACUCAUUGGAUCUUCACCCAUGCAAAUCGCCCGAGAAUUGGAUCCUAUAAUUGCUGCUGGGGACUUUGAAAAUGUGGAUGGGAGAGAUGCUGAACUGAAUGGAGUGUGGGUUCCUCUUUCACGCAUCGGGAACAUUUGUGAGAAACACGGACUAACUGAGACAUUGAAACCUUUGCUUUCAUUCAACACGAACGCACUUCCAAACAAUAAUCAAACCACCUCUGGGAUACAGCAGAGCCAAAGCAACCCAGACAACACGAAUAUCUCUUCGUCCUUUUCGCGCCCCAAACUUCCUGCGUACAAUGAUGAAAACAAAUUGGUCACUACCCGUGUACGUGAAAACACUAACGAUACCCCUAAUGCUUUUGGCCCGCUAGCUGCCCCAGAGUCUAAUGACAUUGACGAAUCCAUGGAGCCCUCCGCCAAGAAACAGAAAUCCACUUCUGGCAAUGGCACCAGCUUAAACAGUGGAAACCUUAACUCUUACAACUUAGGUAAACUCGGUCCGUCGAACACGAAGUCGGAAAAUAAUAACGGGACAACUGUCCCAGUGCUGAAUCCUGCACUCUCUUUUACCAAUAUCAUUCCAAGCUUACCCCCGCUACAACAGAACUCAACACAGGACUUUGCUGCUUCUCGUGAUGUUCUUACCUCUAUUUUUCUUGAUUCCGCUCAAGAAAAUGCCGUUUAUUUACAAGCAAAAGUUUCCAAAGCUCUGAACAUGGAUGUGCCCAUUGAUGAAUUGGGAAACACCGCUCUUCAUUGGGCUGCGGCUUUGGCUCGAAUUCCUCUUAUUGAAGUACUUGUACGUAAUGGUGCCAAUCCGCUGCGCGGAAACUAUUCGGGCGAAACGGCCCUUCACCGAGCUGUACUUGUCACAAAUCAUUUUAACCAAUCCUCAUUUCAUGAGCUUCUUGACCUCUUGUACUCUUCCUUAAUAGCAGUGGAUCAUUCAGGUCGAACUGUUUUGCACCACAUCUGUCUCACCGGGGCCGUUAAGGGACGUGGUUCUGCCUCUCGUUACUAUCUAGAGACCUUUCUUCAAUGGUCCUUCAAAUUCUCAUGCAAUUCUAAAAACUUCACAUUGUCAAGUUUCGUUGAGAAUUUUUUGAAUUAUCAAGACAAAAAUGGAGAUACAGCUCUCAACAUCUGCGCUCGCAUCGGCAACAAAGCAAUGGUUCAUAUACUUAUGCAAGCAGGUGCCUCUAUUGCUAUCUCCAAUCGUGCCGGCUUAAGUGCUAAAGACUACGGUAUCUUCGGCGAUCAACCUAUUCCUGUUCAAAAUGCCAGUGUACACGAUCUAAUCUCCCGUGAAAAUGAAACAAACAAGGGUAACGUGGAUACUUUACCGGUACAAAACAAGAGUCAAGAAAUUGUUUCCUCAGUUACGGAAGUAAUUACUUCUCUCGAUCGUGACUUUCAGGACGAAAUGGCCGCUAAACAGUCAAUGGUUGACUCUACUUAUGCACAACUUCGUGAGGCAACCAAACGUUUGGCAGACCUCCGCCAGCAGCUCGAUCGUUCGAGGAGACAAGCCGAUUUGUUAUCAGAGUUACGACAGCGGAGCAAAAACUUGGAACUGUCUAUACAGGAACAAAAAUCCGAGCUUGCGCGCAUCGGAGAAGGAAGCCAUGUUGGCUUUAAUUCUUUCUCUUCGUCUGGUAUGCCUAUAGCUAUUGACGAAGAUCCUAGCAAAAUGUCGGUCGAGGAGCUGCAACGUUUCAUUUACGCCUACGAAAAGAACGAACAAUUACUCAACCGCUUAUCUAAUGAACUUUGGCAAAGAAACAGCGACAUAAAGUCCAAAUGCCGACGUGUCGUCUCUUUGUGCACAGGCGUUGAAGAAGAGCGCGUCGACUCAUUACUCGAAAGCUUAUUACAAGCUGUCGAAAGCGACGGGCAACCUGGUGAAGUUGAUAUGGGACGAGUUGCAGGAUUUCUUAGGGUCGUUAAAGAACAUCAAACGUAGUUUAUUUUCCCUUUUUUAUGUGGUUAUGUGCUAAUUCGUUGUAAAUUUUGUUAUAAAAAGGAAUUAAAGCAUAAAUAUGAAUACUAUAAUUAUCAUGUAGACGUAUUAGUCGUCGAAGUAUCUAACUCAUCAAAAUACUUUUUCUG